CCCGAGAGACUGAUGGAGGACCUUACGCUCACGACAUCCCAAGUCCGCCCCAUCAACAAGGCGGCGGCGUCUCUCUCUCAUUCUUCGCCUCCCUCGAGCGCAUGGCUCGCCUAGUGGACAUCACCUACUGCGUCGGCACGACCGGCGUUUCCAAGCCCUUCUCGUGCGUAUCCCGUUGCAAAGAUUUCCCUUCGAUGCAGCUCGAGCGGACCUGGAACACGGGCCUGCUGCUCAGCGAUAGCUGCGGAUACAUCGCGGUCGACCACGGCGAGAGGAAGACGGGCGGGCGAAAUGGGGGCGGGACCGUGGUCAUCAGCGAGCCGGCCAUUAUUGUGGCGUUUCGCGGGACGUAUAGCAUCACUAACACGAUUGUUGAUUUGAGCACGGUGCCGCAGGAGUAUGUGCCUUAUCCUGCACCGGAUGAUGAUGAGGAGGAGGAGGAUAACAUUGGGGGCAGGAAUAGGAAUGUUGGAAAAGGAAGAAGCGAUAACAACGAUGAAAAAUGCACCAACUGCACAGUCCACAUGGGCUUCCUCGCCUCCUGGCGUAACGCGCGCGACUACGUCCUUCCCACCCUCAAAGCCGCCCGCGCCAAACACCCCGACUAUCCCGUCCACCUGGUCGGACACAGCCUCGGCGGGGCCGUCGCCGCUCUCGCCGCGUUGGAGAUUCGGCUAUCGCUAGGCUGGCAAGACGUCCAGGUGACGACCUUUGGCGAACCGCGCAUCGGUAACCAAGCCUUAGUGGAUUAUCUGGAUAAGGCCUUUGGUCUUGAUAUUGAAGAGGACAAUGACGCGCACGAAACCAGAGCCUACCGCCGCGUAACCCACGUCAACGAUCCUGUCCCCCUCCUGCCCUUGACAGAAUGGGGAUGCCGCUCGCACGCAGGCGAAGUGUAUAUUUCCAAGCUGAACCUGCCGCCUGCUCCCGAGGACUUGCGGUUGUGUCAGGGCGAUAACGAUCCGGAGUGUAUGGCUGGGGCUGAGAGCUCGGAUGGCGGCGGAUGGUUUGAUGGUAGUUUGCGUGAGGUGACUGACUUGCUAGCGCUGGCGGCAGCCAAGGGGACUGAUCCCUAUUUUCAACAUCGGGAUCUUGUUGCUGUUGAUGGUGAUGACGGCGACACCGGUAGCGAUGCUGGUGCUGGGAAUGACGGUGUUGGUAUCGGCGGCGAGUCAACUGCAACAGCACUCACGUCCAAGACAAACAGGCUGUUCCCCACCAGACUCAAGCUUUGGCAGCUCUUCUUCGCACACCGAGAUUACUUUUGGAGACUGGGUUUGUGCGUCCCCGGCGGUGACCCGGCGGAUUGGGGAAGGGAGAAGUAUAACUUGACGCAGACGAAAGACUCUUUUGUUUUUGGUGACGGCGAGUUGUGAACGUUACAGUAGGUACAUACACCUGCCUUUUUUCUCUUUUAUCUUUCUAAUUUUUUUU